GUGCGGGUGGCGAGAGCGGCUCCGGUAGUGCCGUGAGUGCGGGUGGCGGGGCCGGGCUCCGGUAGUGCCGUGAGUGCGGGUGGCGAGAGCGGCUCCGGUAGUGCCGAGCAGGUGCCCCUGGGCCGGGGGUGGGAGCCUGUGGAGCGGCCUGAGGACAGUCCUGGGGACUGCAGCUGUGGGCAGCUGACGAUGAAACGGGAGCAGGUGGAUGUGUGUUAUCAUCAGCGAGAAAGAACUUAAGUUUCUAUGUGGAUUGUGACCCAACAUUAAACUUCAGUUGUUUUUCACAGGCAUCCAGAUGACAUCAUAGCCGAGAGAGCAGCCCGAACAGCAGGAAGAGUUGCCCCCUCCAACUGGAAUGAGGUGCCGAGGGAGCAGAUAUUGCCACUCUGUGUGUCUGACAGUACAUGGUAACUCUGUCACCUUCUGGCCAUCCCAAUAAUGAAAACAGAAGCCAAGGAUGGAGAAGAGGAAAGCCUGCAGACAGCAUUCAAAAAGCUAAGAGUUGACACAGCUGGAUCGACAGCUUCUCUCUCUGUGAGUGAAGGGACAAAUGCAAGAGCACUAGUUAGAACAGUGGCAGAGGAAACCAAACCUAAGGAUUUGUGUACUUCUAAGGAAACCUGGCAUGGGUCUAUGAAGAAGCCUUUAAGAGGAGUUGUGAGAACCCAGCGUCGCAGGCGUUCCAAGUCUCCAAUUCUUCAUCCUCCAAAGUUUAUCCACUGCAGCACAAAAUCCCCUUCCCCAUGCAGCCAGCUGGUGCCCAAGAGCCAGACUGAUUCCCGGGACAACAGCAGUGGGAUUGGGAUGCCUGGCCCAAAGGAAGCCUGUGCACACGAAUGGUGCGGCAUUGCUCCCGAUGUUGGCCAGAAGGGAGCUGGUUUUAAGUCUUUGGGAACUUCUGUUCCACAGGCUGUGUCAGAGAACAGGCAGGAGAACUCAGCUGCUAUUUCUCUGGUAGCCAAAGCAAGCCUAAAGGCUACAGAGCUUUCUGACUUUGAAUCCAUGUCCAAGCUGAACACGAAUAAGCUGUGUGGAUGUGCAGAUAAAGCCUGCCAGUGUAAACGAUGGCAAGACAUGGAAGUGUACAAAUUCUCCGGCCUGCAGAACACCCUCCUGUUAGCACCUGAUAGAAGAACAGUUUCUGAGGAUCACCCUCAGUCUUUGCCAUCAAGAACUCCCUCAAGUUCUCCACGCUCUUGCUCUGAGCAAGCCAGGACCUUUGUGGAUGAUGUGACUAUUGAAGAUCUUUCAGGAUACAUGGAAUAUUACUUGUAUAUUCCCAAGAAAAUGUCUCACAUGGCAGAGAUGAUGUACACCUGACAGGAAUGAGCACUAAAACCAGAAGGGUGGGUGGUUUAAAUCUGCCCUCCCUCACACUCAUGUGAGAUGCAACCCACACCCUGCUCACUGUGCUUGCAAUAAAAACACUUCAUUGCA